AUGUCGAAUAGUCCUGGUCUGCUGGCUUUAAGCCCACUUGACCACAUCCCAGCGAAGCUCUUCCUGCCGUACAUCCUGUACUUCGACACGGUUGACACGCAAACAGCCCUAUUCACCCUCCAGAAAGGCAUUGACAAGUUGAUUUCAGAAUUGCCCUGGCUUGCCGGAGAUGUGAUUCUUCACACCGCGCCAGAAGGGCCCAAGAACCGAAUGCAUAUUGCGCCCCCAUGUAUCCCUCUUUCUGAAGUCCCUAUGCUGAAGGUCAAGCACUUUGACGGCGAUAAAGAUUCUAGCUCACAACCCAUUCAAUCCUUCCUCCCUCUGCCUACAUUUAUUCCAGCCUCCCAACAGCGUCCCGUUCUUCGCUUUCAGGCAAAUGUCUUUCCUGGCAGGAUUAUUGUGGCCAUGUCCUUCUGGCACAGCGUCUUUGAUGGUACCGGGGCCGGUGUUAUCCUUGAAGCAGUCGCCGAGUGUUGCAAGUCAACCAGCGAAGAUCUUACAACCAGCCUCGUGCAGACUAUCGCGAAGACCCAUGCUGAACUCCGGAAGAAAGUCUCGAACUUUCCAUCUGAAUGUGUGACGCGCCUCGACCACAGCGUUGAGUUGGGAACACCUGUUUUUGAUCCCAACAUUUCCACCGAGCAGUGGAACGCAAUGGAAUCUGCCUUGGCCUCCACGGUCGAGACAAAGCGAUACACCUUCAGCCCCGAGAAAGUCGCCAAGGUGAAGGAUAUUUGUACCCAACUCAUGCCGCAGUUGCGGUCCUCGGAGUGGAUUUCUAGCAACGAUGUUAUUACCGCAACACUGGCCAUCUGCGUCGACCGAGCCCUUCACCCAGAGCGGGCAGACAAAACCCAAAGCGCCGAUUUCCUGAUGGCCGUCGAUUUGCGAAACCGAGUUGAUCCUCCACUACCAGAGACCUACCUUGGGAACUCGAUCUUCCCUGUCCACGACGAUAUCUAUUCUGAAGCAAUGGCAGGUCAGACAGGGGAUGGUGCAGACACCCUACACCUAGCGCAGUUGGCACUGCGUAUCCGCACCAAGCUUACAUCAAUGGACAAGACUCUCAUGUAUAGUGCAUCAGCCGCCGUCGCCGACUAUGAAGACUGGACCAAAGUCGAAGCAGGACCCGCGGGGAUUAUCGUAACCAGCUGGAGAGGUCUCAAGGUCUUUUCGCUAGAUUUUGGCGCCGGACUGGGCCACAUUGUAGACUUCGAGCCCGGGCUAACGCUUGUCCCUGGUGGGUGUAUCUUUCUGCCGUCGCGGACGUCCUUGGAGAAGAGUGGGUCGAUUCCGAUGUGGGAAGUAUGCAUCACCCUGAAAGCCGGGGAUUCCCAAGUGCUGGAGAAGGAUCCACUGUUUAACCGGAUUUUGGCAUGA